AUGAACCUCAACCAACACGCUAUAAAGGAUUUGGAUGGCAGCUCUCGGUAUGUUCGUUCCCUUUCCCUCCAUCGUGCACGUACUGAUCCGUCGACAGAAGAUCUUCCGUGGAUAGAUUCCAUGGCCCCCCAAUCGCAGCCACAGGACAAUGGCCCGUCUGAUUCCCAACCCCCGACGAUCGCUGCCUUCUCUCCUUCCACCAUAACCGGCUCGGCCUUGACUUCGCGACAACGCUCCAGUGUCAUCGUGCAUCGAAAAUCCCCUCUCCUGGUGGCUACGCCGCCGCCCAUUACGCGGGCCCUCGCAUACUCACACCCGUUUCUUUUACCACUAAACAAGUUAGUUGGUUUGUUGACAUGGACGACGGGGGAUCCGUGGCAGAGCUUCUUGCUCGUAGCCACCUUUUGGACCAUGGUGCUGUACAGCGACGCCAUCAUUCUCUGGGCUGGGCCGAUCCUUGUCGUCGUGGGACUGAUCCUGGGCAUGUACGGGCGGCGCUACUCACCUCUGUCGUCCACGACCUCAACAGGCGAGAAACACCAAGGCAAAGCUUCGUCAGAUGCGUCAACCCGCCACCACAAGAGCUUAGACGAUAUUGUGGAAACACUGCGCACGUUUACAACCCGAUGCAACAUUCUUCUUGAACCCUUACUCGAUUUGACGGAUUUCCUGUCGACUCAACGAACAGCCACAUCCGCAACCACUCGUCCCGCGCUGACUGCGCUUUUCAUCCGUAUUCUUUUGGUUACCCCGAUCUGGAUUAUCUUGACCCUCCCGCCCUUCUACAUUAUCACCACCCGCCGCAUCAUCAUGACUGUCGGCACUAUCGUUCUCACCUACCACUCCCGACCUGCGCGGGUAUCACGUGUUAUUCUAUGGCGGUCUCGCGCAGUUCGUCGACUUGUCUCGAUGAUGACGGGGUUAUCUGUCGCAGACAGUCCGAGCACCAGCCAGAAGUCCCAGGCCCAGGGUUUGGGACUAAAUAUUUCCACCCGUCGUCGUGGCAACUCAUCCGGUGUGCGAUUUACAUUCGUUGUGUUUGAAAAUCAACGGCGAUGGCUGGGCAUCGGAUGGACCUACUCACUAUUUCCAGCGGAGCGUGGCGCCUGGACGGAUGAGCAUUUGAAUUCUGUGCCGGCCAAGGAUAACUUUGAGUUGCCUGAAGUGCGAACUGGUGACGCCAAAUGGCGUUGGGUUGAAGGAAGCGAGUGGCGUGUGGAAGGAGCAGACAGUGCUAAGGCCGAUGCCAAGGCCUUAAGUAGCGAGGGUUGGAUCUACUAUGACAAUAAGUGGAACGAUGGCCGCCGGGGUCAGGACGGCUGGGAUCGCUACACGCGCCGACGCAAGUGGUAUCGUGAUGCCGAGCUAGUGGAAAUAGACCCACAGGACGGCUCCAAUGGUUCCGAUGAGACCAUUUCGAAUCUCACUCAGGCUCUAGAAAAAGAACAAGAUCAGACUAAAGAUAAGGAAUCCGAUCCCGAACAGCUCAACAAUCUCUCCCCCCACACAACACUGAAAACCAGGCGUCGGCGCUGGUUCAGCAGCGGCAAGGAGAAAGAUCGCACAAGUAGUGUUGGUUCGUCGAGUGAUACAGGCCGCGCAAACGGAGCAAAUGUUACAGGGUCGCCUGAUAACACUGUAGCAACAAACGACCGAGGAACACCUUCCCGCCCCAUUAGCAUUCAACAUUCCCGCAAACCAUCCCAGUAUAGUGUACGAGACGGUAGUCUGGCAACAAGCAACAGCGCUAGCUUACGGGAGAAAGAGAUGGCUGAGGCUCGUGAUCUACAUGAUCGAUGGGGAACCCAAGCCUUGGGCGGUACAGAAAGGGCUGAACGAGAACUUGGGUUAAGCGAUGAGAUUAAUAUGGGUUUGAGUUGA